AGGAAAAAUGGCCUGGCGCCAUCAGGGACCACGGUACGCGCGCCAACCAGGUGGUUAUGUCCUGGAAGAUGUUGAACAGGGAAGCCGAGCUCUUGGCUGGCAAAGAAGCUCGUCAGAAGGCCGCGAAGCGAAAGCAGGAGGCCGAGGAGGCGGAGCAGAAGAAGCGGGAUGCCAAGAAAGCCAAGAGUUCCCAGGCGGGGCCGCAGACGCAGAAGCGGGGCCGCACGCCGAAGGCGAAGGCCGAGGGGGCAAAGAAGGCCGAGGGUGAAACAUCGGAGGCGAAGGCCGAGGCGGCAGCAAAGAAGGCCGAGGGUGCACAGCCCGAGGCCAAGGCUGAUAUAGCAGCAAAAAAGGUCGAUGGAACGAACCCCGACGCGAAGGCCGAGGCAGCAGCAAAGAAGGCCGAGGGUGCAAAUUCCGAUGCGAAGGCAGAGAGGUCAACAAAGAAGGCAGAGGGAGCAAAGCCCGAGGUGUCAACAAAGAAGGCGGAGGGGGCGAAGCGCAAGGCUGUCAGCGUCGGCGGUGAGAAGGGCGAGGAAGACAAGGAGGGCAGCUGCAGGAAGGCGCAGCGGGCCGAGGAGCGGCGGAAGCAGGAGACCUGGCGAGGAGGAAGAGAAGUUGACCCGGUCCCAGAUCUACGAGCUUGAGGAGGCGACUGCAGAAGAGAAGGCCCGGUCAGUGCAGAGUCUUCCGUGCGACAUGUCUUUGCGUAUGAAGCUCUUGUGAGUUUGCAGGCUAGCCUUUCCCAACCAUCGCUUUGAAGAGGCAGCGCCCCGCGUUACCUCC